UCAGCUGCUAUUCUCAGAGGACCUUUUGCUCUUUGUGGCAUCUUACAAAGAUUUUCUACCUGACGUCCCAAGAAAUUUAGAGGGUACUGGAUUUCCCUCUUUGAUUCUCCAAUGUGAUUGUCAAGCUCGAGGGUAUACAAUCACAGAUGACAAAGGCCUGGCAUAGAGCUCUGAUUUCCCGCAUUGCAUUUUGUCCAAUCAGAUAUGGAGGUUGCCCAUGACGUCAGGAAAUGCAACGACCAUAAAUGGGCCAGCACCCCUCAGUAGCCGCCAUUCUCCCUCCUUCUGAGGUGUUGGGAAGGCAAAGUCCACAUGGCUCAGCCUGGCUGUGAGACCUCCUCUGACGAAACCUGGGCACUGAGGAGCCCAUGGCAGCAGACCCGAAGAGCCCGAAGCAGGAGCAGCCAAGGCGCGGUGGCCACUGCCACCACCGCUGCUGCUCCCACAACAGUUUCACCACGUACUUCCCCAGGGUUCUGAAGCAGGUUCACAAGGGCCUGAGCCUCCCACAGAAGGCUGUGAGCAUCAUGGAUUUGUUCAUCAAGGACAUCUUCGAGCGCAUCGCCGACAAGGCCUCUCGCCUGGCCCACUCCAACAAGCGCACCACCAUCACCUCCAGGGAGAUCCAGACAGCUGUGUGCCUGCUGCUGCCGGGGGAAAUUGGCAAGUUCACCAUGUCUGAGGCCAGCAAGGCCAACAUCAGGUACACCUCCCGCCAAUGAGCUGCCUGAGGACGGCCUCACCACCUUGCAAACCAAAGGCUCUUUUCAGAGCCACCUCACUUAGCACAAAAGGACCUGUAGCUCUAAAAAGUGGGACAAACUCUAUAGUUUUUGUUCUUGGGGCAUUCUGCAGAUAUUUAAAGUAUUUUUUCUCCCUCUGCCACUCCCCCUGCUUCUCUCUCUC